AUGGGCGACAAGUAUCCUACUCUACGGAGGGCCCAGUUGCAUCUGGAUUUCAUCCACGCCAACUCCACCACGCACAGUUUCCUUUUUGGAGCACUGGCUGAAUUGCUGGACAACGCAAGAGAUGCGGGGGCUGCAAGGCUUGAUGUGUUUUCAGUGGAUAAUGAAAAACUGCAGGGUGGAUUCAUGUUGUGCUUCCUGGAUGAUGGAUGUGGUAUGAGCCCUGAGGAAGCUUCAGAUAUCAUUUACUUUGGAACAUCUAAGAAACGGUCAUCAACCUUGAAGUUUAUUGGGCAAUAUGGUAAUGGUCUUAAAAGUGGAUCCAUGAGGAUUGGAAAAGACUUUAUUCUUUUUACAAAGAAGGAAGAGACGAUGACCUGUGUGUUUUUUUCUCAGACAUUUUGUGAAAGAGAAGGUCUUAGUGAGGUUGUGGUUCCAAUACCUUCAUGGUUAACAAGAACCAGAGAAUCUUUUACAGAUGAUCCUCAAAAAUUCUCAACAGAAUUAUCUGUCAUUUUUAAGUACUCUCCGUUUAGAAAUGAAGCUGAAUUGAUGCAGCAGUUUGAUGUGAUAUAUGGGAAAUGUGGUACUUUGUUGGUUGUUUAUAACUUGAAGCUUUUGCUUAGCGGAGAGCCAGAGUUGGAUAUUAAGACUGAUAAGGAAGACAUACUGAUGGCUGGAGCUCUGGAGGAUUUUCCAGAGAGAUGGUCAUUCAGAGCCUACACGUCUGUUCUGUAUUUUGAACCUUGGAUGAGAAUAUUCAUUCAGGCCAAAAGAGUUAAAACAAAACACCUAUGUUAUUGCCUCUACAGACCCAGAAAGUAUCUUUAUGUCACGUCUUCUUUUAAAGGAGCAUUUAAAAAUGAAGUUAAAAAGGCAGAGGAAGCAGUGAAGAUUGCUGAAAGCGUAUUGAAAGAAGCACAAAUCACAGCAAACCAGCCUGACAGAACUUCUCUGUCUUCUGCCAAGGAUGUAUUACAGAAAGCUUUGGAAGAUGUAGAAGCAAAGCAUAAGAUUCUUAAAGCGAAACAGAGAGAAUUAAAAAAAGCCAGGACUCUCUGCCUGUUCUUUGGAGUGAACAUAGAAAAUCGAAGCCAAGCUGGGAUGUUCAUUUACAGUAAUAACCGCCUGAUCAAAAUGCAUGAGAAAGUGGGCCCACAGUUGAAACGGAAGUCCUUACUUGGUGCAGGUGUGGUUGGAAUUGUUAAUAUACCCUUGGAGAUCAUGGAGCCAUCCCAUAAUAAGCAGGAGUUUCUCAAUGUCCAAGAGUAUAACCAUCUGCUAAGAGUCAUGGGGCAGUACUUGGUGCAGUACUGUAAGGACACCGGAAUCAGUAAUAGAAAUCUAACAUCGUUUUGGAAUGACUUUGGAUACCAGAAUAACAAGGAUGUGGAGAAAUCUUUAGAUUCUAUUCAGUAUCAAAGAAGACAAGCCAUGGCCAUACCAUACAUCAUUCAGUGUGAUCUUUGCCUUAAAUGGAGAGUCUUGCCUUCUUCUAUUAAUUAUCAGGAAAAAGAAGUUUUUGACCUCUGGAUUUGUGCUAAUAAUCCUAACCUCUUGGAAAACAGUUGCCGUCAGGCAGAAUGCCUACCUUCCAUCCCCCUGGGCACCAUGAACACAGUGUCACCAUCAAAAAAUGAGAAAGAGAAACAACUUCGAGAGGCAGUCCGAAGGUAUCACAAUCGACUGGCAGAACGGCAGCCACGGCCUCAGUUUAUUCCAACAAGUAGAAUCAUGGAGUUCACUACUACCUGCCGAACUUCAGCAUCCAAGGAAAAUACAAAAACUCAGAAAGUCAGGCCUUGGGGCCAUGACUUGAAGCAGGAGUCUCUUGCAUCCUUUGAGCUUUCUGUCAGCACUGAAGGGACAGACUCUGAUGUGGAGUACAUUGCAGAGACCAAAGUUAGGAAGAGGUCUACCCAGAAGAAAGCAAAACCUCAAAAGCAGAGACGUCCCGCAGCCCUGCCAGAAAACAUCAGACUCCCCACGAGAUCCCAGGUGUGGCAAAUAGCACAUCAGCACAGUGUGUGGAGAGCUUAACCAACUGAAGGAACCAUGCAGAACCCACAGGUCUCUUCUCAGGAAAUGAGUAGGACGCAGAGUGAAUACCUCCUGCAGGAAUGUAAGGCUUUGACUGAAGUUGAAACCAGCAACAGAGAUUCAGAUAUAAUCCUGGUUUUAGAUAAAAGUGGCACUGAUGCUUCAUUGAAACAAGAAAAAAGGGAAGUUUCUCUUAUGAAAAAAGAAAAACAGGAGCUGUGUAGUGAUACUCGAGAAAUAAAGAGAAACUCUUCAUUACCUAAUUGGGAAAGUGCACUGACGGAAGAUGUAAGUCCAAGUUCUGGAUACAGUGCCAGCUUUUCUGUGUGCGGUGCUUGUGAAGUUACUUCUUCAGUGACAAAGUUCUCUCAAAGUGCGUGUGUCAAGGAAACAGUAAGAAAACUGAUGUCUAAUUUAAGGGAGAUUCUUCUGUAUUUUUUUUCUGAGUAUCAGCUCCCAUCAGAAUUUGGCGACACAUCUGUGGAGGAAUUCAUGGCAAAUUUUGAGCUGGAGCAGUGCCCAGAGCAGACAAACCAAAAGCUGAGAAUGGGCUUCAGUCAGAUCCAGCAUGUUUACAUGGCCCAAUAUGAAAAAGAACUAAAGAGAAAAAUACAGUCCAUUAUCUAUGAAGCAAAUAGAAGAGGGGUAGUUAAUGAAAUAUCUCUGGAACAAUGUGAACAAAAAAGAAAACUUACUGAAGAUAAACUGAAUAAUCUUCGGGUAAAACUGGCAGCACUUUUGCAGAAACUUCAGCUGGGAGGGCCAACAGGAGACCUGGAGCAGAUUGACAGUUAUUUAGAAGCUUUGCUUAAAGAAGAUAACCCCUUUCGGACCGCUUUAAAUAAAGUGACUGCAGAUACAGGACACAGUCUCCCUUUAGAAAAAACUUGA